AAAAUCUAUGGAAAACAAGUCCCUUCAUCUUCAUCAUCAUCUGAAAACUUGAACGCACUAGAUAAUUUGUUCAGUUUUCAGCCUUAAUUACUCCAUCAUUCAGUUUGGAUUUGUUGAUUAUCCGUGCAAACAAGCGCCCUCAUGACCUGACAGACUUCCAUGAAACUGCUUCUUGCUACAGAUCUUGUCCAAUAUCCGUGCAAAUUUCGAGUCUUGAAACGUAGGAUUGCAAGAUCAAGCUUCCAAAUUUCCAAGGAACUAGUCUUUGGCUGUUACUCUUCCCUUGGUUGAGUUCUGCACCUCAAUAUUGCUCAAGAACGUUUCGCUAUUUCUUUGAUUUCUUGGAGUGCCCUUCACUCUUAACAUGGCACUGGGAGAGGUUUUUCUUGCGGCGUUUCUAAAGGUGCUGCUCAACAGGUUGACCUCCCACGAGAUUCUCAACUACCUUGAAAACUUCCGGGGCGUCACAAAGAAGCUGGACAAGUGGAGGGCCGUGUUAUCUGCAAUAGGAGGGGUGCUCAGCGACGCCGAGGAAAAACAACUCACCGAGGAUGCUAUAAAACUGUGGCUCGAUGAUCUCAGAGACCUGGCUUAUGAUGUCGAAGACAUGUUGGACAAAUUUGCCACCCAAAUGUUGAAGCGCAUGAUAGAGGGACGUGAUCAAGCCUGCACAAGCAACAAGGUGCGGAACUCACUUUUCAAAAUUAAAUUCAAUUGGGAUAUGAACUCCGAAAUGAAGAAGAUUACGGAGCGGUUGCAAGACAUAUCUGAACGGAAGGAUAAGUUUGGCUUGAAAGAUAUUGGGACGUCUGCUAAGGAAUCGCGAAGUCUACCAAGUUCUGGCGUGUUAGAUGAAAAGCUUCUUGUUGGAAGAGAUGGUGACAAGGGGAGGAUUAUUGAACUGUUGUCAAGAAAAUACGAGCAUGCAGGUGCUGUCAAUUUUGGUAUAGUUGCUAUAGUUGGCAUGGCCGGAGUUGGGAAGACGACACUUGCUCAACUUGUAUUCAACAACGAAGAUGAUGCCAUGAAGGAGUUUGAGCUCAAGGUCUGGAUAUCAGUGUCCGAUGACUUCAAUGUGGUGCGAGUGACAAAGGCAAUUCUUGAAUCCCUCACAUCCCGACCCGUUCAAAUGGAGGAGUUUAGUAAAAUUCAGCAUGAUUUGAGUGAGCAAUUAACAGGAAAAAUGUUUUUAAUCGUGUUAGAUGAUAUCUGGAACAAAGGCGACUAUGUUCUACACGAUCUCUGGACAAGACUUCGAUCCCCUUUCGGCGUUGGAGCAGGAGGAAGCAAGAUAAUUGUGACAACCCAUGAUGUGAAUGUUGCAAAGAUUAUGGGAGCCACUGGAGUUCAUAAUUUGGAAUGUAUGGCAGAUGAUGAUUGUUUGGAAAUAUUUGAGCGACAUGUAUUCCGGGAAGUUAAUAGUGGAAAACUAGUAAAUUAUGAGUUAAUUCGGACAAAAAUUGUUGAAAAAUGUUGUGGCUUACCACUAGCUGCGAGGACAGUCGGUGGUCUUUUAUGUUGCAAAGAAACAGAUGAGUGGGGAGAAAUAUUGGACAACAAACUAUGGAAUCUCGCAGAUAACAGUAGCCUUCUCCCCGUACUAAAGUUGAGCUAUCACUAUCUUCCAUCACAUUUGGAAAGGUGUUUUGCCUAUUGCUCAAUACUUCCAAAUGACUACGAAUUUGGGGAGAAGCAGCUCGUCCUUUUGUGGAUGGCAGAGGGUUUGAUUCAACAAAAACCUAACGACAAUAAACAAAUGGAGGAUUUGGGCCGCGACUACUUUCGAGAGCUAUUACCAAGGUCGCUGUUUCAAGAAUCAAGCGAAAACAAUUCACGAUAUGUAAUGCAUGACCUCGUUAAUGAUUUAGCACAAUGGGCAGCAGGAGAAAUAUGUUUUAGGUUUGAAGAUAAGCAAGGUAAUAACUUGCAAAGCACUUGCUUUCGAAGGGCUCGCCAUUUGUCUUUCAUUGCUGGUCGAUUUGAUGGAGUUAUGAGAUUUGAGGACUUUCCAAAAGUUGAACGCUUGCGGACUUUCCUGCCACUUUCAUUUUCAGAUUCCAGGGGAUGGAACAAAUAUUUGUCUCGUAAGGUUACUUUUGAGCUAUUACCGGAGUUGCAAUACUUACAAGUGCUCUCUUUCAAUGGCUACAAAAUAACUGAGCUGCCAGAGUCAAUCAGUGAUUUGAGGUUGUUACAGUAUCUUGACUUUUCCUACACAUUGAUAACCAGUUUGCCCAAAUCAAAAAGCACUCUUUACUACUUGCAAACAUUGAUAUUGGAAGGUUGUGAUGAAUUGAAGUCAUUGCCUGCGGACUUGAGCAAUCUAAUUAAGUUGCGCCAUCUCAACAACUCAGGUGCAUAUUUGUUGGAAGGAAUGCCUUCGCAACUAGGUCGAUUGACGAAUCUACAAUCACUGCCUCUUUUUGUGGCGAGCGAAGGUAGUGAUCAGUCAGGGAUAAGAGAGAUAGAGCCCUUAUUGCAUCUCCGAGGGGCAUUGUGCCUCUCAAGAUUGGAGAAUGUGACUGAUGUAGAGGAUGUCAGGAGGGCCAACUUGAAAUGGAAAGAGAGGCUUGAUUCGUUGGUCCUAAAAUGGUCUCAUUUAAGCGACACGGGAGAAACGGAAUCCGCUGUUCUUGACAUGUUAGAGCCUCAUACAAAGCUCAAGGAGCUCACCAUCAAGAGUUAUGCCGGAAAGGAAUUUUCAUCAUGGGUUGGAGGUCCUUUGUUCUCUAAUAUGGUGCUUGUGCGCUUAGAGGAAUGUAACAAUUGUUUAUCGCUGCCACCUCUCGGACAAUUGCCUCAUCUCAAAGAACUUUAUAUUAGAGGAAUGAAUGCAGUGGAAAGUGUUGGUGCUGAGUUUUAUGGCGAGUGUAUCUUGGCUUUUCCGCUGUUAGAGAUUCUCGUGUUUGUGGAUAUGCAGCAUUGGAAGGUGUGGCUUCCUUUCCAACUGGAUCACGGAAGUGGUGUUUUCCCUUGCCUGAAAAGGCUUUCAAUCAAAGGAUGUUCUAAGUUGGAAGGUAAGCUGCCAGAGAACCUUGAUUUGUUAGCCAAACUUGAAAUUGUUGGAUGUGAGGAAUUGGUGGUUUCGAUUGCCAACUACAAACAACUUCGUCAAAAAAAAAUUAUCGGUUGUAAAGUGUUGAAACAUACAGAUGCUAAGGUUGAGUUUGAGUUAUUAGAGUCCUUGUGGAUUUCAAACAUUUCGGAGGUGACGUCUCUGCAAACUGGGGAAUUGUUCAGGAAGGGAUUGAGCAAGGUUAGAGAUUUGAAGAUCCAUGGAUGUGAGAAGCUGACGUCUUUUAUGGAAGAAUGA